CGGCCGCUUCGUCCCGGCCAACGCGAGUCCCGGGCCGCCGUCUCGGGUUCGUCGCUCUGGAAAAUCGGUAGAGAGUAGAAGCCGUGGCAGUAGCGCGGCGCGUGUUCGGACGGACGGUGGUGGCGCGGCGUAGCGUUUCCACAGGGAUACUCGGCGAAGACUCGGGUCGCGAACGGAUACACAGAGGGGGUUGCGUGAUACGGAUCGAGCACGGGAGUGCACGCGUCCGUAGCUGAAGGAAUCGAGCGCGACGAGCUCGUUCGCUCAUUCGUUCGUUCGUUCGUCCGUUCGUCCGUUCGUCCGUCCGUUCGUUCGUUCGUUCGUUCGUUCGUUCGUUCGUUCGCUCGAAUCGAGCCGAGAAUCGAGCGGAGCAGAGUCGCGUUGCUUUACGUUGCGUUGCGGUGCCGCUUCGCCGGUAGAUGCGCUACGCCUAUGCGCCGUUUGGCGCCGCUCUGGUGGGGAAGGGUGGUGUGUACCACGUGACACCGGCAGCCAAUCGGCCGCGCACAUAGCCGGCGCCCGGCACAUGGCGGUGCGCCGGCUUCGAUAGCCGCAGUACGUUGCAGUCAGUCGCAGUGGUAACACGAGCGAGAGGGUAGUUGCACGCGCCUGCCUUCGAAAGGAAAGACCGCGGUGAGAGAAGAGAAGCGAUCGGGGAGAGAGCGAGCGAUACGAACGGAAGGGAGUGAGGAUAGAGAAAGAGAGUGGGAGAGAGCGAAGAGUGAGAGAGGGAGAGAGAGAGAGAGACAGAGGAAGAGAGAGAGAGAGAGAGAGAGAGAGAGAGAGAGAGAGAAAAGGAGAGGAGUAGUAAGGAAAGCGAACGAGCACGAGCGAGAAAGGGAAAAGAAGAAAGCGAGCGCGCGCCCCUUUUCGCCUCCGUUUUCAGUGUACAAGUCUCUUCUCGCGCGCGACGUCGCUCUUCAGGGAAUCAGUCGGCCGGUGACGAGGCAGUCGAGAACGUGGUAUAACACACGAACGUGUCGUUACGUCGUCGUCCGGUCGGAGCGCGAGGAAGGAGAGGGAGGGAGCGAGCGAGCGAACGAGCGAGGCAGAGAGAGAGAGAGAGAGAGAGGAGGAAGCGAGAGCGAGACAGAGGCGGAACGAACGAACGAAAGCCAAACGGUCGAAAACGCAACUACGCGAGAAAAACGCGCCGAGAGAGGAGCGGAGUUGCUACGAACACGGGAGGCUCUCCGCGAACAUACGAACCGCACAAACCGCACGCGUCGGACGGACGGAGAGAGAGAGAGAGAGAGAGAGAGGGGAAGAGAAAGAGAGUGAGUGAUAGAUAGAGACGGACAGACAGAGAGAGAGAGAGAGAGGAAGAAAGAAGAGAGCAGUGGGGAUAUCGAGAAGGCCAUUUUCGUAGCCGGUGCGCGCACGAACACGUACGAGUAUACGAGUCGGCGGCGCGGUGCCUGUUUUCAGCGCUAAAAGGAACGGGCGACUGACUACUGCUCGUUGUCGGUAGCCGGACGUCCACGAGAGGGGACCACGGGGCUAUAAUACGCGACGAGAGCGGGAGAAGAAGAAGAAGAAGAAGAAGAAGAAGACGAGGACGAGGACGAGAGCCGCCGCACAGCAGCGAUCACCGACAGCGUAAGAGGUGCGUCGGCGUUGCACACGAGUCUCCGGUCUUUUCUACGCGCACGUAAUCGCCGACGAUCGUGAUCACGUUCGUGCUGCGUCGCGACGCCACGUUUUUCGUCGUACUGGUGGAGAGAUCGUCGCAUUUUUCUUACCGUCGCCGCCGGCGCUGCUGCUGCUGCGUGCCGCCGCGUGCCACAAUCGUCCCUCGAACAUCGUCGUCGUCGUCGUCGUCGUCGUCGGCGAGGCGGCGCGGACCGUUCCGCUCGUUUGUUCGAUAAAGAGACGACGGAAGAGAGCGCAAGAGAGAGAGAGGGGGAGGGUUCAACGACAGCGUUGUAUACACGCGGUGAACAACAUCCAGCGGCGGCCGCAGCAGGCUGAUCUCUCGAGCCAACGUCUGUCGGCGGCGUCCAACGAGUCUCGAGAAAUCGGUGUCGCCCGCGACACGACAUAUAUUCCACUUGAGAGCCGUAAAAUGCCGACGAGUCUGUUCAGCGAGAUGGACCGCAGCAAUUCCGGCGGCACCGGCUCGCUCGAGGACCGGCGCGCGUUUCAGCUCGCCUUCGAGCUGUCGAUGCUCGGCCUCGAGGGCAGCCCGGACUGCGCCGGCACCGGCACCGGCACCGCCAACGGAGUCGCCAACGAUCCCGAUCCGCUGCAGACCGCGCCGACCAACGUCUUCGAGGAGGCGCGCUCCAAGAAGAGCCAGAACAUGACGGAGUGCGUGCCGGUACCCAGCAGCGAACACGUGGCGGAAAUCGUCGGCCGACAGGGCUGCAAGAUCAAGGCUCUCCGCGCCAAGACCAACACCUACAUAAAGACGCCCGUGCGCGGCGAGGAGCCGGUGUUCGUGGUGACAGGUCGCAAGGAGGACGUCGCCCGCGCGAAGCGUGAAAUCCUGUCGGCUGCGGAGCAUUUCUCGCAGAUCAGAGCGUCGCGCAAGAGUUCGCUGGGCGCACUCCUCGGCGCGCCACCCGGGCCACCCGCGUCGGUCCCCGGCCACGUGACGAUUCAGGUACGCGUACCCUACAGAGUGGUGGGUCUGGUCGUGGGACCUAAGGGCGCUACCAUCAAGCGCAUUCAACAUCAGACGCACACCUACAUUGUUACACCUAGUCGCGACAAGGAGCCGGUAUUCGAGGUGACCGGCCUCCCGGACAACGUCGAGGCGGCUAGGCGGGAGAUUCAAGCUCACAUCAGCCUGCGCACGGGCACUAGUGCGAGCGUAUGCGACGAGGCGGAUCUACUAGGCGCGCUCUGUCGCGGCGGGCUCAGCUCAAUUUUGACUUGCCUCGAUCCCCCGGGAUCGAACGCCUCCAACGGCUCGAGCGGUGCGUUCUCGAGUAGCGGCAGUUGCAGCAGUUCGUCCAGCAGCUCCGGCGCCGCGGGGAUGAACGACAUCGUGGCGAUCUGGGGCGCUGGGGGAUUGGAGAGAGACGAAGGUCUCGGCGAGUCGCCGUCAUUCGAGUCGCAGCCGGCCUCGGCGUCUUCGAUCUGGUCGUUUCCGAGCGUGACGCUGCCGUCGAGGCCCUCACCACCGGCAUCGGCGAGCCCGGCGUCGCCCACGGACUCGCUCCUCGGCGGCGGACGGCGAGAGUGCCUCGUGUGCGGCGACAAGGAGGUUACAGCUGCGUUGGUGCCCUGCGGACACAAUCACUUCUGCAUGGACUGCGGUAAAAGACUCUGCGAGGGCACCGAUCCCAUGUGCCCGGUAUGCUCCAGUCCGGUGAUGCAGGCACUCCGUAUCUUCUCCUAAAGGCCCGCGCGGAGCCGCGUCAGCUGACCGCGCCGCGACACCCGGUAUACGCAGCGGCUGCAUCAACUUACCUUCUACCGUUCCUCGAAUACGAACGGCGGCUAACUCUGGCAGAUACGAUGACGACGAUGACGACGGCGACGGCGACGGCGGCGAUCGCGAUCGCGCGACGACUUUGUCGCUGUUGUUGUUGUUGUUGUUGUUGUCGGGGAACCACGGCGACGCGAUGCAGGCGGCGCGAUCCUCGCGAAUCGUCGUGCGCUUCAUCAUCCUCAUUAUCAUCGUCGUCGUCGUCGUUGUCAUCAUCAUCAUUAUCAUCAUCACCACCAUCGCGUUAGCGACGUUGUCGUCGUCGUCGUCGUCGUCGUCGUCGUCGUCGUCGUUUAUCCACAGUGUGCGAUGCCGCCGUCGUCAGGGGAUCGGACGCGCACAAUGUCUCAAUUCCACGGCUGCCAAUAUAAUCUCUUUUACGCGACGGGAAUGCCUCGACGCCCGUGCGGUCGCUCGAGUCCGUCGUUCCCGCUGACCGGAUACAACGAAGCCAGCUUUUAAGUUCUACGAGAUAUAUAUUUAGGUAGAGGGACAGAGAGAGAUGAAAACACAUUGUCUCACCCCACCGUCAUCGUCAUCUCGCUUCCCUCCCCCUUCCCCAUGCUCCCAUCCCUCCUAGGCCCGCCCUCUCACUCGCCUCCGCACCCGCUGCUCAUCCUACACCCUCCUUCCUCCUCUUCCCUCUCCCCCCCCUCCCCACUCCCCCCUUCCCGACGCUUGCGUAGAUUAGGCUCGCGGCUCGUCGAGUACUAAGCUUUCUCGAGGCACACAUAUAUACAUAUAUAUGUA